UAUAAAUCGCGCGCCAUGGACCAGCAGCGGCUAGUCAAGCCAGUGCGAGUAGGAGCAUCCGCUUGCGUCAGCAGCACACUUGAAAGGGAGAGUGGAGUGAGUGAUCUUUGGUUUCUGAUCAUGGCCACCGUGACUGAGGAAGUUGCUCCGGCCGUCGCCCAGGAGCCGGCGCCGGAGGAGGCGAAGGGGGUUAUGGAGACGCCGGAGAAGGUGGAGGAGGGGAAGAAGCCCGAGGAGGGGGUUGAGGGGAAGAAGGCCGCCGCCGAGAAGGAGAAGAAGGCGAGGAAGCCCCGGAGCAGGAAGCCCAAGUCCGCCGGACCGCACCACCCGCCCUACUUCGAGAUGAUCAAGGAGGCGAUCCUGUCGCAGGACGUCGGCAAGGUCGGGGCGAGCCCGUACGCGAUCGCCAAGCACAUCGGAGAGAAGCACCGGGACGUGCUCCCGCCCAACUACCGCAAGGUGCUGGCCGUGCAGCUCCGCGGGUUCGCCGCCAAGGGCCGCCUCGUGAAGGUCAAGGCCUCGUUCAAGCUCGCCGCAUCCGAGGAGAAGAAGGCCGCCGCCGCCUCCGCGGCCGCCAAGACGAAGAAGACGCCGCCGGCCAAGCGCAAGAGGGCCGCCGCGCCGGCCAAGAAGAAGCCGGCGGUUGCCGCGGCGGCGCCGCCCAGGGAGGCACGGAAGGCGCGCGCGAAGCGGGCGAGGAAGGUGGCCCCGGCGCCCGUGCAGCCGAAGCCCAAGGCCGCCCGCGCCGCCGCCGGCGGCGGCGGCAAGAAGGCCAACAAGGCCAGCGCCUGAUAAGCAACCGACCAACCGUCCUUAUCCGCGCGCGCACGCCGCCGUGUAUGUACUAGCUGGUAGUGGUAGUAGUAGGAAGUAGUAGCAGCAGCGUGGCACUCGUGUGCUGUCGUCGUCUCCGCCGGCUCGAUCGAUCGGGCGCUCUGUUCUGCUCCGCCGUUUGUGUGUGGCUGGCAGAGUGUUGUAAAUACCCGGACCCGUAUCCAGUGUGGUGUGAUCUGUGAUGGCAAUAAAGCGCGCGCUUUGAGCUUCCUGUGAU